AUGAUAAAGAUAUUUCGUAAGGCUAGGUUCAAUAGAGACAAUCCUUUUCUUCAUAGUAGCUGUCCAACGGGAUCUUUCAAUCAAGCAAGUAAGCCAAGCAAGAUUGUAUCAGGAGUAGUAGGAGUGGGAGAUUUCAAGGUAGCUCCUGACUCUCGGGGGAGGGAAUCUCGUAUUAUAGAGAGAUCUUACUACACCCGUAAGCCAGCUAAGAAGUCAUGCUUUGAGUCCGUUAGUGACAGUAGGAAUGCCAUUCAGCCAGUAGGAGUAGGUCUUCCAAGCGAAGGAGUAGCAAUCCGGUUCAAAGCCAGUAGCUAUCCAGUCGAAUGCGAGCCAGGCACAAAAGCAAGACUAGUCCUCAUGAUGAAAGGCCAGGGAGUGAGGGCGUGGGUUCUAGCGAGGGAUACUACUUCUUCGGCUAGAAGGGACGGAUCUUUCUUUUCCUCAUCAAGCAUUCCGACUUCCACUUGUUACCGUCCUAACUACGCUAGGGUUAGGGAACAGCACCCUAGUAUACCCGACCCAAUUCACCGAAUAGUUAGCGCUGGCUUUGGUUCAACUCCUCGCCAGGAAAUUAAGAAAUGGAUGACAUUUUUUUGGUCUUUUGCCCAGGCCGAUUAA